CAAAUCUUUGGAUUUUGUUUUCUUUUUCUUCUAUCAUUCCCUCUUUCAAUCUCUUAAUUUCUCUCAUCCUUUAUUCUGUCACUGUUUCUUAUAUGUCUGCACACCAAAAAAGGAGAAAAAAGCUUGAAAGUUGUCUUUUUAGCAGUGUUAAUUCACUGCUUCAGAGCACCUCAUUUUCUUUUAGAAAACAAACAGAAAGUUAUUCACCCCAUUGUAUUCCCCUCCCUUUUUUUCUUUUUUUGCUUGGGCUUCUUUAAAUCAAGGAAGCUCUGCAAAUUUUGAUAUCUUUUUUGGCUUUUUGUGGGGUUGCAUUUUGGAGUUGAAAUGUGGAGCAAGGAGCUGUUUUUCUGGGUUCUAAAGCAGACCGAAGAAUGGAGGGAGAUUUGAUGGAAUUACAAGAGUUGAUGCUUUACUUUUUGGACUUUUCAUGGAGGUUAUAAUCCGGUUUGGUUCAAGCACCGUAACCAGAUUUGAUGUUAAGCUUCGAUUUGCUGCCAUUAUAUUCCAUAUUUUAUUGAUAUUGUUAUGGUUUGAAGCUGCCACAGCAAAACUUCGGGAGAACCAUCUGCAAUGGGAGGUCCCAGCAAGAGGAAGUAGUAGAAACAUUGUCUCACAUUCAUGUAUUCAUGACCAGAUAGUUGAGCAGAGGAGGCGACCAGGUCGUAAGGUUUACUCGGUUACCCCUCAAGUUUAUGAGCACUCUGGUAUCUCAAAUCAAGUCCAUCACAAAGGAAGGUCGUUGCUUGGGAUUCCUGAAUUGCUUGGGUAUCCAAAGGAUGCUAAGCAACCUAUAAGAAUAUAUUUAAAUUACGAUGCUGUUGGUCAUUCUCAGGAUAGAGAUUGUCAAAAAGUUGGUGACAUUGUGAAGCUUGGGGAGCCUCCUGUGAGUUCACCUCCUGGUACACCCUCCUGCAAUCCUCUCCGUGAUCCUCCAAUUUAUGGUGACUGUUGGUAUAAUUGCACUUUGGAUGAUAUAUCUGGGGAGGACAAACGACUUCGCCUUCGCAAGGCUCUAGGGCAGACAGCUGACUGGUUCAAGAGAGCCUUAGCUGUAGAGCCUGUGAAGGGGAAUUUGAGAUUGAGUGGAUAUUCGGCAUGUGGACAAGAUGGAGGUGUACAACUUCCACGUGAAUAUGUUGAAGAGGGUGUUGCUGAUGCGGACUUGGUCCUUCUUGUGACUACAAGACCUACCACUGGCAACACUUUGGCAUGGGCGGUAGCAUGUGAACGUGACCAAUGGGGCCGUGCAAUUGCCGGUCAUGUGAAUGUCGCUCCUCGGCAUUUAACGGCUGAAGCAGAGACUUUACUUUCAGCUUCUCUUAUCCACGAGGUUAUGCAUGUUCUAGGCUUUGACCCGCAUGCUUUUGCCCACUUUAGGGAUGAGAGAAAAAGGAGACGUAGUCAGGUUACUGAACAGAUCUUGGAUGAAAAACUUGGGAGGAUGGUAACUCAUGUGGUGCUUCCACGUGUUGUCAUGCACUCACGACAUCAUUAUGGGGCAUUCUCAGAAAAUUUUACUGGCUUAGAGCUAGAAGAUGGGGGAGGACGUGGCACAUCAGGAUCUCAUUGGGAAAAAAGGCUUUUGAUGAAUGAGAUAAUGACAGGAUCUGUGGAUACAAGAUCAGUAGUUUCAAAAAUGACUCUGGCUUUGUUGGAGGAUAGUGGAUGGUAUCAAGCUAACUAUAGCAUGGCAGAUCGUCUUGAUUGGGGUCACAACCAAGGAACUGAUUUUGUUACUUCUCCUUGUAAUCUCUGGAAGGGGGCAUAUCAUUGCAAUACAACCAAUUUGUCUGGUUGUACAUAUAAUAGGGAAGCAGAGGGUUACUGCCCUAUUGUUAGUUAUAGUGGGGACCUACCUCAAUGGGCGCGGUAUUUUCCUCAAGCUAACAAGGGUGGUCAGUCCUCGCUGGCUGAUUAUUGCACAUACUUUGUGGCUUACUCUGAUGGAUCCUGUACAGACACUAAUAGUACUAGGUCCCCAGACAGAAUGUUAGGUGAAGUGAGAGGGAGUAGGUCCAGGUGCAUGUCUUCAUCCUUAGUACGUAAGGGUUUUGUGCGUGGUUCUAUGACCCAAGGAAAUGGUUGUUACCAGCACAGAUGUGUAAAUAACUCAUUAGAGGUUGCUGUGGAUGGUAUUUGGAAGGUGUGUCCAGAAGCUGGUGGACCAGUUCACUUCCCUGGUUUUAAUGGUGAACUGAUUUGUCCUGCUUACCAUGAACUCUGUAGCACUGGCCCUGUUUCUUUGUCUGGGCAAUGUGCCAAUUCUUGUAAUUUUAAUGGUGACUGUGUCAGUGGAAAAUGUCAUUGUUUUCUUGGGUUUCAUGGUCAUGAUUGUAGUAAAAGAUCUUGCCCUAGCGAUUGCAAUGGGCAUGGAAAGUGCCUGUUGAAUGGGGUCUGUGAAUGUGAAAUUGGUCAUACUGGCAUUGACUGCUCCACUGCUGUUUGCGAUGAACAAUGCAGCCUGCAUGGUGGUGUCUGUGACAAUGGAAUCUGUGAGUUCCGCUGCUCUGACUAUGCAGGCUACACCUGCCAGAAGAGCUCCACUCUCCUCUCUAGUCUUUCAGUAUGCAAAAAUGUGUUGGAGAGGGAGUUGUCUGGGCAACAUUGUGCACCCAGUGAGGCAAGUAUAUUACAGCAGCUAGAAGAAGUUGUUAUCAUGCCCAAUUACCACCGUCUAUUCCCAGGUGGUGCUCGAAAAUUGUUUAAUAAUCUCUUUGGGAGCAGCUACUGUGAUGCAGCUGCCAAGCGACUGGCCUGCUGGAUCUCCAUCCAAAAAUGUGAUAAUGAUGGGAACAACAGACUACGGGUCUGCCAUUCAGCAUGUCAGUCGUAUAAUUUAGCUUGUGGAGCAUCACUAGACUGCUCAGACCAAACUCUCUUUAGUAGUGAGGAGGAAGGCGAGGGCCAAUGCACUGGCUCUGGCGAGAUUAAGCUUUCAUGGUUUAAUAGCUUGCGAAGUAGUUUAUUUUCAAGCAAUACGUCCUUGAAAGGAAUGUAAAAUAUAUGUAGUUUUAGUCUUUUAGCCCCCCACCUUUGUUUUUUUCGUUUCCAAUCCCAUGUUCCUCGCCUCCAUUUCUUCUAAUUUUGGCUUGUAAUUUUCAAGGGUUGCAAGUGUAGGAAAGGUGGUGGCACGUAAUACUGUGCCAUAGGGUAGAGUUUGUUUGUUCUUGGCCCAAAAAUCAAUUAGAAAAUUUGGGCAAGAUUUGUCUUUCCACCAUGAAAGCCACAUGUAGAGAAAAUUGAAAAUGUAUUGAAAAGCAACGAAAAAUGGAAAAAAAAGAAAAGAAAAGAAAAAAGAAAGCUCUUCUGAGCGGACGACCAAAUGUAUGGCCGAAGGCCUUGAAAAGAAAGGAAAAGUCUCAUAUAUUUCUUUAUAUUUUAU